UAUACAAGGGGGCACAUGUGCAGGUUUUGCAGCACGCUGAAACUGCCCCAAAUGUGGAGAGUCUCUCUCUCUCUUUCCCCGUCUCCUCCUCCCCUAACUUUGGCAACACUCCACUGAAAAUGCCUCCAAAUCUCUCUGCUCUUUCUCCCCUUCAAAUCCUCCCCUCUCCAUCACUAUUCACUGAACAACGAAUCAAUCUCUCUACCAAAUUUGGAGAGCGCCCGCCAAAUUUAGUGGCGAAGUUUUUCCUCUGCAAAAAAGCUCCCAAAUUUAUUACAUGUGGUUUGGCUCCCUCAAAGAAGAGGAGGUCACAGAAUAGUGAAAAGUCAGAGGUGGAAGAGCUUGUUUCAGUGUUGGUGAGAAAUUCGAGCAAGGAUAAGCCUUUAAUAAGCACACUGAACAAGUAUGUGAGAAUUAUUAGAAAUGAGCAUUGUUUCCUUCUUUUUGAAGAGCUUGGGAAGAGGGAUAAUUGGCUACAAUGUCUUGAAGUAUUCAGAUGGAUGCAGAAACAACAAUGGUAUGUUGCAGAUAACGGUAUUUAUUCAAAGUUGAUCUCAGUAAUGGGAAAGAAAGGGCAGACCCGAAUGGCAAUGUGGCUCUUCUCUGAGAUGCGCAACAGUGGUUGUCGGCCGGACACUUCGGUGUACAAUGCUCUUAUCACUGCACAUUUGCAUUCAAAGGAUAAAACAAAGGCCUUGGCCAAAGCCAUGGGAUACUUGGAAAAGAUGAAAGGUAUAGAGAGAUGUAAACCCAACAUUGUCACUUAUAACAUUCUCUUAAGGGCUUUUGCACAGUCUCGAGAUGUCUACCAGGUUGAAACCCUAUUCGUAGAUCUCGAAACAAAUGCUCUUUCAGCUGAUAUUUACACUUACAAUGGUGUUAUGGAUGCGUAUGGGAAGAAUGGAAUGCUUGUUGAAUUGGAGGCAAUGCUAUUGCGAAUGAGAAAGAACCAAUGUAGACCCGACACAAUCACAUAUAACUUACUAAUCGAUUCAUAUGGGAAACGCCAGGCUUUCGAUAAGAUGGAGCAAGUAUUCAAGAGCUUGUUGCGCUCCAAGGAAAAGCCUACAUUACCAACAUUCAAUUCAAUGAUUACCAACUAUGGAAAAGCUAGGCUCAGGGAGAAGGCUGAAUGGGUUUUUAGGAAAAUGAUUGAUUUAGGCUAUAAACCGAGUUUUAUCACAUAUGAGAGCCUGAUGAUGGCUUAUGGGUAUUGUGAUUGUGUCUCUAGGGCAAGAGAUAUAUUCUCUGAGAUGAUAGAUUCAGGUAUGCAGAUACAAGUCUCGACACUGAAUACAAUGCUUGAUGUGUAUUGUAUGAAUGGGUUGACUGGUGAAGCUGACCUCCUCUUGCAAUAUGCACGCACAAAGGAGGUUUUGCCUGAUUCUUCGACAUAUAAACUUCUUUAUAAGGCAUACACAAAAGCCAACAUGAUGGACCUUUUAGAGAUGCUAGUGAAACAAAUGGAGAAAGAUGAUAUUGUUCCAAAUAAAAAGUUCUUCUUGGAGGCUUUGGGAACCCUUGGUUCCACACAAGCAAUUAGUACUCAGCCUUCUAGUGUAGUAGAUGGUUCAAGAGCACCAGUUUUGAGUAGUAAGGAGUAGUUUAAAACUAGCCAUAAAAGCGAUUUUAACAGGCUAAUUGGUACACUGACCAGCUAGUAAACCAUGUCAAUGUGAUGAGCUACCUGUUUGAGGUGAGCUUUGUUUCAUUAUUGUUAGCUAUGUCAACAAUACCUGAUCUUUUAUGUAGAGAUUUUGGGAUCCAGUAAAAUUGCCAUUAGUAUAUUGAUUUUCUAGGUCUUUUGCCUUUUGUUUCUUUGUUUCUUUGUUUCUUUUUUCUUUUCUAUUAUUUCUAUAGUUUAGGUGAACCUAUAUCUCUUAUUACAUGGAUAACAACUGGAUUCACAUAUUUUAGGAAAUUUUGAAAGCGGUGGUUCUUUGGAUUAAAGAACCAAAGAAUGGAUAAAGAUGGCACUGUUCCAAAUAAAAAGUUCGUCUUGGAGGCUUUGGGAACCUUGGCUCCACACAAGCAAGUAGCACUCAGCCUUCUAGUGUAGUAGAUGGCUCUAGAACAUCAGUGUUUUUAGUGGGAGCUAGUUUAAAAGUAGCCAUAAAAGUGAUCUUAACAAGCUAAUCGAUUCACUGACAAGCUAGCAAUGCAUGUAUAUGUACUGAUCUACCUAUUUGAUGUGAUCUAUGUUUCAUUAUUGUAAGCUAUGUCAAUAACACCUGAUUUUUAAUGUAGAGAUUUUGGGAUCCAGUAAAAUUGCCAUUAGUAUAUUU